AUGCACCUCUCUUACGUAACUUCCCCGCGAAUCCUCGUAGCACGAGGAAGAAAGGACACACCUGACAUUACAGGAGAGCUCAUACGCUACCGCGCAUCCUCUUCUUAUGCGCACCGCCGACCUCUUGUGAAGGCGCAACAUCCAUCGCGAAAUUUGCAUCUCAAUGAUGAGGGAGCGUUGGUCGGACUGUCUAUGUCCUUCGUCCAUUCCCAAGGUAGAGCUUCUUCACAACUCUCAGCUGUCAGCUCGCUAACAUCUCAUCUCGGAGCGGAAAAAAAUUAG